AUGGAUGUUGAAGAACUCUGGGCAUCAUCCGAUGAAGAUGCGGAAGGCUCUGACGAGUAUGAGGAGAGCUCGGAACCGGAUAGCUCUCAGGACGACUAUGACGAUGGUCCAACUGCAGGCCCAAGCAGCCUCGGCAUGCGCGACGAAACGCUUGAAGGAGAUGCUGAUCCCGAGGAUGCACGCGUUGAAGCGGCUAUCGAGGGAGAUUUCGACAGGCUCCUUCAAAACAUACGUAACGCGGGGGACGGGUCAAGUCAGGGGAUGCUCAACAAGAUGUGGGACAUCGACCUGGAGGAGCGCGAGGCAGAGUUCAGAGACGACCUGAGGAUGGCGUCUGGAGUCGGUGCGGCGAAGGCGAGGAGAAAGCGAGGAAGACGGCGCGGCGUCGUUCUCUCGCAACAAGUACGCGCUCUCAUUGGCGAGGGAAAUCAGGCGUACGUCGACGCGAACUACCCCGAGACAGUCCGAAUCAUGCAGGAGGUCAUUCGCAUUGAACCUCGUGCGGCUCCGGCAUGGAGCGUGCUUGCACAAUGCUACGACGAGAUGGGCGAACCUGGGAAGGCGUUGCAGCUACGCAUUAUGGGUGCGCAUCUGAACCACGACGCGGAUGAGUGGGCGGACUUAGCUAGGUUAUCAAGGGAGAAGGGUUUCAACCAACAGGCGUUGUACUGUUAUGGGAAGAUUUACAAUCUAGAUCCGACGAAUGUGAGCGCACUUUGGGACCGUGCUCAGCUAGCAAAAGAGAUUGGAGAGUUGAAAAUUGUGAGCACGGUCUACCCUCAUUGCGAUGCUGAACCGCUUACCCAACAACAUCCCGUUCUCGACCAACUGCAUCCCAUCCUCAUCGAACUUUCCGACCUCGCCAACUGUGCGAAGCUCUUUCAGUCGUCCUUUGAGUAUUACAUGGCGACCUUCCCACCAGGACGUGGUGUAGACCGAGAUUCUGGCGCAGAUGUGCCCGGAGGUGGCUUCGGUCUCAUGCACGUCCUUAUCCUUGCGGACCUAUACAACACCCUCGGUGAGUAUCCACGAGCAGCGGAUGUCAUCAGGCAAGGAUGUAGGUGGUUGCAGGGACGUGCGUCACAAAAGUUUUGGGAUUCAUGCGAGGACGAUCGAGAGUGGGAUGUGCCAGAGGGUGGGGUCACAAGAGGCGGGGAAGGCGAGAUGCCUCCAGGGAUGUAUCCUCUGGAUGUGAACGCCCGACAUCGACUCGCCAUUGCGAGGAUCAAAAACGGGGAUAUCGAGGAGGGCAAGAUGCAUGCAAAACUCGUGCUGGCGCAAGACGUGGCCGAGUACGCGCCCCUGUUUUCGGAAAUCGCGGACGCGUACUUUGAGAAGGAGAUGUACCCAGAAGCUGGGCAUAUCUAUGAGAUGCUCGGGGGCGACGCGGGAACAAGUAGCAUGUACGUGCUGCUCCAAGCUGCUGCGUGUCGCCGGAUGGUUGGUGACCUAAAGGAGGCGGCCGAGGUGUACGAGCACGUCAUCCAAGCCGAUCCAACGCACAACGAUGCGAAGAUGUCCCUGGCAGAGGUUUACGAGAUCUUAAACGAGCCGAGGAAGGCCCUCGACCUCGUCAUGCAAGUCAUCGAAUCCCGGCGAAAGCGCGGGGCCCAACGCACCGCGCCAGACGCAGGAGAGCCUGGUUCUACUUCGCUGUUCGAAGAAGGAAAAGCCCGUGGCACCCCCGGGAAGACAAAAACCAAGUCGAACGCUAACAAGCUUUCGGCGACGCAACUGCGAGAGCUUGAGGCGCAGAAAGAACGCGAAGCUGUUCAGCAAUGGCGACGCGUGCAGGAGCUGUGGCCACGCGUGCUCGCUGACGACGAUGAAGCACUCAGGGAAUGGCUCAUUGAGGCGGAGAAGCUGAUCGAAUCGUUCCGAGAGACGAGAGCGUUGUUCGUGACUAGCAGGCAUCGCGGUUUUCGGGGAAUGUUCCCCCGUAGUUCGAAGAAACAAACGGCGGAAGCUAAUGAAGACAAUAUGGCGUCUCGGCUUCAACUUGAACUUGUCAUCCACAAAACUGAGAGUGUGGAUAACUUCCGUACAAUCCCCUUCGAUGACUGGCUGCGUUUAUUCUUGCAUGUUGAGUUCGUUGUUCCUCGUGAUGCAUUCCCAAAUCUCACACCCUGCUACGACCUUGGCAACGAGAUCCUCAGCAUCUGCUUUUCUCCAGCGCCAAUAGCAAUCCAUGCAGACAAGUUCCACACAGUCGUCGAGCACGUCAGAAAGAUCAUCAACGGUCAUCAGUUCAACAACGAGCCCAUCCGGAUCCUAGUCUCCUCCCUUGCGAGUGGAUUGCGCGCAACGGACGCAUUCCUGCUAUCGACGCUAUCCAAGCACCUCCUUCGAGAAACUCGGCUCGCCGAUGCUGCCGUUCGCGAUCCGGAAAGCCUCCGAUUCAAUAAUGCUCAGCGCCGCUGGGGAAUGACCACCGCCUCCGUCAAGGCCGACCCAGACGAUGCCCCCGACGACGACGACGAUGUCGAAGCGUCCGCCGUUAUCGAGCUUGAGAAAUCAGCACUCCCUACGAAGCCAAACCCCCUCAAUGUCGCCGUCUACGGUCAAAUUCUGAUGUCGGCCAGGAGUUAUCAAAGCGCACUAUUUUAUCUGUUGCAGGCUUAUGACCACGCUCCGGACGACCCUAUGAUCUGCUUGUCCCUGGCAGUAGCCUCUGUUGGGCGUGCAAUGCAGCGACAGUCCGACAACAGACAUCAUCUCAUUACACAGGGCAUGGCAUUCUUGACUCGCUAUCGAGAACUACGAGGUGAUUCUGCCGCUGGUAUGGAAGAAGUUGAGUACAACUUCGGACGUGUUUUCCAGCAGCUUGGCCUUCAUUCUCUCGCAGUCAAGCACUACGAGAGAGUUCUAGAGAUGGCAGAGAACAGGUCGAAAACCAACCAUGAGGACGUCGGACUGGCCCUCGAAACGGCCUAUAACUUAUCUCUCAUCUAUGUCACAACUGGCGCCACAUCGCUCGCGCAGGCUCUAUAUCGUCGAUGGUUGUCGCUCUAG